UCUGCCGACUUUCGGCGGCGGCGCAGCCUGGAGGAGUGCUUCUGCUCCGUGUGUCCUGCAGCACUAGAGUAAGGAGGGCAGGUCCCUGCCUCCUUCCCGGCCUCCCGGCGCGCCACCUCCCUUCACUGUGUCGGGGACACAGAAGGCCUGAAGGAGCGACGCUCCCGGAAAUCAUCCCCACGAGCGGAAGUGGAGAAUGCCCUCCUCGAGUGAGGAGAGGGAGUGAAGCGCAGCCUCUGUAGAGUCUGGGGGCUGAGGUGGGCGUGAGCGAAGAUUUUAAUUUAAUUUGAAAAUGAGUAAGUGCAGAAAGCUACCACUGGGUUCAAGUCCUGAGACAUUCAGCCCAGAUGUUCUUGCUGAUAUUUUUGAACUCUUUGCCAAGAACUUUUCUUAUGGCAAGCCACUUAACGAUGAGUGGCAGUUACCAGAUUCCAGUGAGAUUUUCACCUGUGACCACACGGAAUUCAAUGUGUUUCUUGAUUUGAAGAGCUCCCUAAAUGAAGUGAAAAACCUACUGAGUGAUAAGAAAUUGGAUGAGUGGCAUGAGCACACGGCUUUCACUAAUAAAGCUGGGAAAAUAAUUUCUUAUGUGAGAAAAUCUGUGAACGCUGAACUUUGUACUCAAGCAUGGUGUAAGUUUCAUGAAAUUUUGUGUAGCUUUCCACUUAUUCCACAGGAAGCUUUUCAGAAGGGAAAACUGAAUUCUCUACACCUUUGUGAAGCUCCUGGAGCUUUUAUAGCUAGUCUCAAUCACUACUUAAAAUCCCAUCGAUUCCCCUGUGAUUGGAGUUGGGUGGCUAAUACUUUGAAUCCAUACCAUGAAGCAAAUGACAAUCUUAUGAUGAUUAUGGAUGACCGACUUAUUGCAAAUACCUUACGUUGCUGGUACUUUGGUCCAGAUAACACCGGCGAUAUCAUGACCUUGAAAUAUCUGACUGGACUUCAGAAUUUCAUAAGCAGCAUGGAUACCAUUCACUUGAUCACUGCAGAUGGAAGUUUUGAUUGCCAAGGAAACCCAGGUGAACAAGAAGCUUUAGUCUCUUCUUUGCAUUACUGUGAAGCUGUCACUGCUCUGAUGACUCUUGGAAGUGGUGGCUCUUUUGUUCUGAAGAUGUUUACUUUGUUUGAACAUUGUUCCAUAAACCUGAUGUACCUGCUAAACUGUUCUUUUGACAAAGUCCAUGUUUUCAAACCUGCUACCAGCAAGGCAGGAAACUCAGAAGUCUAUGUGGUAUGUCUCUACUAUAAGGGAAGAGAGGCAAUCUAUCCUCUUUUAUCUAAGAUGGUGUUGAAUUUUGGGCCUGAAAUGACCAGGAAAGCUCUCUUUCCCCAUCACAUGAUUCCCGAAUCUUUUCUUAAAAGACAUGAAGAAUGUUGUGUGUUCUUUCAUAAAUACCAGCUAGAGACUAUUUCCGAGAACAUUCGUCUGUUUGAGUGCAUGGGAGAAGGGGAACAAGCAAAGCUGAAUAGUUUAAGGGACUAUGCUGUUCAGUAUUUCAUGCAAAAGUUUCAACUGAAGCCUCUUUCCAGAAAUAAUUGGCUAGUGAAAAAAUCUAAUAUUGGUUGUAGUACAAAUACAAAAUGGUUUGGGCAGAGGAACAGAUAUUUUAAAACCUACAAUGAAAGGAAAAUGCUGGAAACCCUUUCAUGGAAAGAUAAGGUGGCCAAAGGGUACUUUAAUAGUUGGGCUGAAGAACAUGCUGCAUAUCAUCCUGGGCAAAGUGCUCUUUUAGAAGGGACAGCUUCCAAUCUUGAGUGUCACUUAUGGCAGAUUUUACAGGGAAAGAAACUGCCAAGGGUAAACUGUUCUCCUUUCUGUGAUGGUGAAAUUUUAAAGGCUCUUAAUGAAGCAAUUGAAAAGUCAUUGGGAGGAGCCUUGAAUUUGGAUUCCAAGUUUAGGCCAAAACAGCAGUAUUGUUGUUCUUGUCACAUUUUUUCUGAAGAAUUGGUAUUUUCUGAGGUGUUUAGCCUUACAAAAUGCCUUCAGGAUGAGCAGGAUGUAGAACCCAGCAACCAAGUAAAGUGCCUGCUUGUGGGUUUUCCAGCUCUCCAACAUGUCAAAAUACAUAUACCAUUGGAAGUUCAGCUCUUGGAAUCAGCUGAACUCAUGACUUUUAGCUGUUCAUUGCUUCAUGAUGGAGACCCAGCUUACCAGCAGUUAUUUUUGGACUGCCUUCUACAUUCAUUGCAGCAGCUUCAUACAGGAGAUAUUAUGAUUUUGCCUGUACUUUCUUGUUUUACAAGAUUUAUGGCUGGUUUGAUCUUUGUACUCCACAGCUGUUUUAGAUUCAUCACAUUUUCUUGUCCCACCUCUUCCGAGCCCCUAAAGACUUGUGCAGUUCUGCUUUGUGUUGGUUAUCAAGACCUUCCAAACCCAGUUUUCCAGUAUCUGCAGAAUGUGAAUGAAUUGUUGAGCGCUUUGGUUAACUCUGAUGCACCCCAGCAGGUUUUACAGUUUGUGCCAAUGGAGGUGCUCCUUAAGGGCACACUACUUGAUUUUUUGUGGGGUUUGAAUGCUACCAUUGCUAAAAGGCAUUUGCAUUUGAUUAUUCAAGGAGAGAGAGAAGAAAUCAUCAGCAGCCUUCAGUUAUGAAGUUGAACUUGUCCUUUCUGAGAUUUAGCUUCAUGGCAUCUUUCAGUUUCCACUGGUAUUGCAUCCCUUUGUAUUGAUUUAAAACCUUUUAUUUUGAGGAAAGGACAACUUUUGCAUCAUUUAAAGUUUCAUUUUUUCUGGAAAGCCAUCAGCUAGUUCUGACCUCUAGGGUAUAUACACUCACAGACAUAGAGUUUUCUAUGUGGUAGAAUAUAUGCAGUGAUGAUAUUCAACCUCAAACAUGAGAAGUGUGUAUGAGCUUGGGGUGGACACACCCAUGCUUGCAUAUGCAGUUUAUGCAGUUGGUCUUAUUUAUCUGCUUAAGAUUUGCACCUGUGUGCCUUCAUUCAGAUUAGAUUUUUUUUCCAACUAAUUUUCUUCCAGUGGCUAAUACUGUUACUGAAUUGAUAGAGGUCUUUGAUGAAAGGAGGUGAGCCACUACUCAGCAACAUUAAUUUCCUUUAAUACUGACCAUGUCAGUUAUGGAUAUGUGGAAUUCAUCAUGCCAGACAUCUUGAUACAUGCCAUUCAUUGCCUUUAGACCAUCGAUCCAGUUUACUUCUGUGGUUUAAAUGAAGCUACUGUGCUGUUUUAUAAAUAUUCUACUUAACCACAACCAUCCAACUAGAAAGGAUAUCAAGACAGCUUCGAACCAAAGAUCAUGUUUAAAAAAAUGAAAAAUUAUUGUGUCUAAAACACUCCUAUAUGAGUGAAAAGUUUCACUUAGCAAUGGUAUGUAAGUUUUAACUUCUGGGAAAUAAUCUGUGAACAGAAAGAGUUUUUUUAAAUUGCAAAGUAAUGUUUAUGGUCUCAUAAUGUGGACAUGUGAAUGUGAUGAAUGUAGUGAGUACUGAAGAGAAAUUUUAACACUUUCAGAAUGAUGGUAUAACAUUAAAAAUUUUUAAAUUUUCAUUAAUUCUUUUUUUCAGUAUGAAAGUAGCACUUUACCAGAAGAUUAACCAUGAGAUCGUUACUUUAUCAAUUAUGUUUGAUUUCUUUUGAAUUAUAUGUAUUUGUCAGUAUAAAUGGGCUAUUCUGGCCAACUGAAUUAAGCAGAUCUUUGUAACUUUGAAAUUCUGCACAGUGAAGAAUAUGUGUAUUGUCACAUGUGCAUUUUAGACAUUUUUGUUAGUUAUAUGAAAAGUAAACAUAUUCUUUGAUGUAUUUGGUUGACAAAUAUUAACCUGAAUUUUUUCAUGUUCUUUGCUAU